CAUACACAGAUCAAGAUAUGAAAUUUCAAGAAACGCAAAAGUUAUUAGAACGUGGUCAAAUUGAAGAAUCAACUUCUCCGUGGUCGUCACCUAUAGUUCUUGUUAAGAAGAAAGAUAAAACUAUGCGAUUUUGUAUUGAUUAUCGACGUCUAAAUGCUAUUACAAUUAAAGAUGCAUUUCCACUUCCUCGAAUCGAUGAAAUAUUUGAUCAAUUAUCUGAUGCCGUAUAUUAUACCAAAUUUGAUUUUAAAUCUGGUUAUUUCCAGGUACCUCUCUCUAAAGAGGACCGUCCGAAAACUGCAUUUUCAACUCGCGAUAAUCAUUAUCAAUUUACAGUACUUCCACAAGGUAUUACCAACGGACCCGCAACAUUUCAACGUGUAAUUAAUCAUAUACUAGGACCUGCAAGAUGGAAAUAUGCAUUAGCUUAUAUCGAUGAUGUAAUUAUAUAUUCGAAAACAUUCGAAGAACAUUUAAUCCAUCUUAACGAUAUUUGUACAAUGUUAAAAAAUGCUCGAUUUCGUCUUAAUCCGGAAAAAUGUGAAAUUGCUCAAACUCAAACAGAUUAUCUUGGUCAUAAUGUAAAAAGUGGUGAAACUCGUCCGAGUUCGAAUAACAUCAAUGGACUAUUAAAUACAAGAUUACCACAAACGGCAGAUGAAGCUUGCAAAUUCGUUAAAGCAGCUGAAUAUUAUAGAAAAUUUAUUCCAAACUUUUCACAUACUGCUGAACCACUUCGAAAAUUUGUUCCAACUACAAGAACUCAACAAAAGAAAGGACAAAAAACUAUCAUUACAUUAACCGAUGAUGAAUUAAAAGCAUUCAAUCAACUUAAACAAUUUCUUACAACAGAUAUGGGAAUCGGUGCAGUAUUAUUGCAAAUUUAUCCUGAAGGAGAUAGACCCAUUGCAUAUCUAUCAAAGAAAUUUACUCAAGCACAACGUAAAUGGUUUCCAAUGGAACAAGAAUGUUAUGCUUUUAUUUGUUCAUUAGAUAAAUGGCAUAAUUAUUUAAGCGGAAUUAAAUUUGAAUGGGAAACUGAUCAUAAAGCAUUAACACAAUUAAAUCAAAAAGCACAAAUUAAUAAACGAUGCGAGCGUUGGAGAUUAGAAAUCUUAGAAUAUGAUUUCAAAGUUAAACACAUUCCUGGUUUAACAAAUACAAUGCCUGAUUAUCUAUCAAGAUCUCCAAUCGAUGAAGCUGAAGAAGAUCCUGAUGAAAUUUCACUUCUUAUUUCAAAAUCAACACAAGCCGAUUUUUUAGACAUUAAUAAUCAUUCAUCCAUCGUCACAGCUGUUCAAACUCGUGCUAUGAAAUUACGGAAUCAAUCUUUAAAUGAUAAAAAUGAUACAGCAAUAUUGCCGUCAGAUACUCUAAAUAAAGAGAAUCGAACAAUUCCAAUUUCAAUCGAACAGUUAAUACAAGCUCAACAAAAUGAUAAUUAUGCAAAAAAAAAUUUGAAUAAUAUCAAAAUUAUAAACAUUAUAUUAUAA